UGCCAGUAGUACAAUACCUUUGUGUCCGCGUGUGUCCGUGUUAGUAAAAGCGAACUCUGUGUGGUAAAGGUCAGAACUCAUAUAUGAAAAUGUCGUGCCCCAACCAAGAAGCAAUGUCAACAAAAGCUGCUGUCACCAUAGACGACGAAGGCAAGGCCUCGUCAAAAUAUCCAUCAGCCUUUUUGGCCACUGACUCGGGAUCGAUUUCGGCUAGAUGCUCCAAUCUAAGGGCUAGUCCCGCCACCAUAGCCAUGGCUAUCCUGGUGGCCAUCGUCUUGUGCAGCGGCAGUUUCGGUUUCGCCGACGGCCUCAAGUGCCACAUGUGCGGCCAGUACAACGAGGGCGUGGGCUCCAUUACGCCAUGCACCAACUACACCAAGGACAUUGCCCAUCUCUACCUGAAGGAGUGCACCAAGAAGAGCGAGAAGUACUGCGUGAAAUAUGUAAGCGAGCUCUCGACCGUGCGCGACUGUGCUACCGAAUGCGUGGAAAAAGAAAUCUGGGAGACACAAACAUAUUGCUGCACCGAGGACGGUUGUAAUUCCGGCACCCAGAUGGCCUAUUCCGUGAUCCUGUUGACUCUGCCAAUUCUCUCAAUGGCCUGGCCAACUGUUCUUGAUCUAUGGAAUGCGCGGCGUUAAUU